CACAUGACGAAAACAACCAAAAAUAUAAUCAUGGCGAUGCAAGUCAAACUUUUCAAACUUUAAAAUCCUAAGUCUUCCGAAAUAAGUGAGUUUGAUAUUUUGUUUAUAUAUUUUGCUCCAGAAUAAAUAUUUAUACAGUCGAUCCCAAAAACGUUGUCCAAGUGAAAAGAGGUUUAUAGGACAAUAAAUGUCACGUGUCUCAUUAAAUAUUCAGUUUUACGCGCGUGUGGAAAUAGGAAUCUGAACGUGCUGCAUCACAUGCGUGGCAGAAAAUGUCGACGGCGGGUAAUUCAAAACAAGUUCUUUCGACUUUAGAAGUUCGGGUUUUGGACUCGAAGAAGAAGUCUAGCUACGUUGUAAGAAGUUUACCCAAUUUUCCAGUGUUAGAGACCGUUUCAGAGCUACGUUCUGAGCUAGUGAAAGCUUUACCAGACUUAGAGAACGUUCUGCAAGACUGUCAGCUCGGCUAUAUUUUGGCAAGAAAGAAAAAGAUUUCCAUUGUUUCGACGAAAGAUUUAGAAAUUGCGUAUGGCUAUUUCAUAAAUGGCAACCAAAUGUGGAUUGAUCCAGCUUUAAAGAACCAAAACAGGGCAAACGAGGACGGCGGGUGCACACCUGGAAGAAAAAGAAGCCAUGAAAGCACUGUAGACCAGACCACCAAACACGAACAAGUUAUUGAAAUAAUGGAUGAGCUAAAAAAGAUGCAUGGAAACGUGCUCCCGCCGUACAAGUUUCGCCUGUGGGCUGAAAUGAUACGUGUUGGAACUGCCGGUAAAGACAGUAUUCCCGGUCUUCCAAUGUUCACCGCCAAUCCAGCAAAACGACCAACAAAGARAGAAACAUUUGUAGAUGUACUCACUAAUGCUGGAACUGCCAUUGCAGGUGCAAUUCAGACAGGAAGCACACAGCCAAGCCAUACUGUUACCAGUAACWGAGCCGAAGUUCUUAAACAGUUGCGGGAGCUUUUUCAAUUGAAAGACAUGGGAGCAAUUACAGAUAAAGAAUAUAAACAAAAGAAAGAGCUAAUAAUGAAGGACCUUUAAAUUGUUUUGUUU